AUGAGGGAGAAACACGAGUGUGCAAAGGAAUAGUCAAACUUGGGCACCGUUUUUCCUUCACACUUGAAACUAAGGACGGGUGAAUAAUGCAAUGGAAGACAGACAGGCCACACAAACCUGAAGAAUACGACCGUUUUAUAAUGUCUAAUAUCCCAAAUUGAUUAUGGUGAUUAGAACAUAAUCAUGGUUUUGGAUCCCAUUAAUGUUUGUUGAAAUGGUGGACACUGCUUGCUAUGCAUUCGCACGCAUCCUUUCCUUAGAGGAUACUGUAACGUUAAUUAUUAUAAUAAUCGCUCCCAAAACAAGAUGAUUAUCUAAACCACAACACUCGAUACUUUUCCGUGUUCUGUCUGUGUCCGUUGUCCUUUUUACAGUUGAUGAGUCAUAUAUACACACAGAGUCAGAGCCGACACGACACAAUUCUAUAUUGCCAAUACCCCACUUCAAAGUUUUCCAUUUUGGUGUCUGAGAUUGAGAAAAAAAAUGGGGUAAAAUGGAAGUUUUGCAGCUGCUGGGGAUUCUGUUUACAGCAUCAAAGCUGUUGAUGAAGAUCCCAUUGUCAGAUUUCAUCGUUCUGGGCUGUGGUUGAUCCCAAUUGGUCCAAAGCACGAUACUUUCUUUAUGGUUUUCUGGACACCCUUUUGCUUGGUUUGAUGGUAUUUUGUUCCUUGAAGUUGUAGUUGAUCAAGUUCGUUCACUUGUCACCCAUUGUCUGAACAGCUGAAACCUGAAGUUCCCAAAACUGAUCAACUGGAGCUGUGUCCAAUUUGGCAGGUAGUUAGGUACCAGACAUGGUGAAACAGUCCUGAACAGUCUCAAAUUAGAAAGAUUCUGGUGGUGGAAAUCUAUGAUCUUGUAGUGUUUGCCUAGAUCCAAUAUCAAGCUUUAGCCAAAUCAAAACUAGCUGUGUUGUUGUUCUUUGCUGUAGUCAUGGCAACUUUGUCUCAUUCCGAGUCCCGGCGCUCGUAUUCUUGGUGGUGGGAUAGCCACCUACCAAAGAAUUCAAAAUGGCUUCAGGAAAACCUUGCAGACAUAGAUACCAAAGUCAAAGCAAUGAUAAAGCUCAUUGAUGAGGAAGCAGAUUCAUUUGCAAGGAGGGCAGAAAUGUACUAUAAGAAGCGUCCGGAGCUCAUGAAAUUAGUGGAGGAGUUCUACCGAGCAUACCGUGCUUUAGCUGAGAGAUACGAUCAUGCAAUGGGAGAGCUACGCCAUGCCCACAAAACAAUUGCAGAAGAACAUUACAUGCUGACCGAUGAUUCGUCGCCGUGUGUUGAAUCACACACACCAGGAGUGCCUUGUCCGAAUUAUUGCGAGUCUGAGCAUGCGGAGAAAGCAGAUAGUGAAGUUCAAACCUUGAGGAAAGGCCUGGCCAAAAUACAGUCUGACAAGGAUGCUAUCUUUCUUCAGUAUCAGAAGAGUAUGGACAAGUUAUCCGAAAUGGAAAGAGAUCUCAAUAAGGCACAAAAAGAUGCUGGAGGCCUUGAUGAAAGAGCGAGUAAAGCUGAAAUUGAAACUAGAGUGUUGAAGGAAGCGCUGGCACAGCUAAAAUCUGAGAAGGAAGCUGGUCAAGUUCAGUACAAUCAGUGCCUAGAAAGUAUUGCUAAACUGGAGACUAUGUUAUCUCUUGCCCAGCUGGAUGCCAAGGAAUUUGAUGAGAAAACUUCUAAGGCUGAACUUGAAGCCAAAAUUCUAAGGCAAGAACUAGGCCAGUUGGAAGCUCAGAAAGAUGCUGGUUUUCUUAGAUACAAGCAGUGUGUUGAAAAUAUUUCAGUUUUGGAGGCCAAGAUAACCCUUGCUGAGGAGAAUUCCAGGAUGUUAAGUGAGCAACUUGAAAAAGCUGAACUGGAAGUUAAAGCACUGAGAAAAAAUCUUGCUGAACUGAAUGGAGAGAAAGAAUCUUUAGCUGUCCUUUACCAUCAAUGCUUGGAGAAGAUAUCUAAAAUGGAGAAUGAAAUUUUGCUUGCACAAGAAAAUUCUGAAAAACUAAAUAGAGAAAUUGAGAAAGGGGCUGAAAAACUUAAGACUGCUGAAGAACAUUGUGAUAUGUUGGAGAAAUCAAAUCAAUCUCUUCGGCUAGAGGCUGAAAAUCUGCUGCAGAGGAUAGCUAUGAAGGAUCAAGCACUUUUAGAGAAGCAUGCUGAGAUAGAGAGGCUCCAGACUCUAAUGCAGGAGGAGCAUUCUCACUUUCUUGAAAUUGAAUCCACUCUACAGACUCUGCAGAUGUUGUACUCUAAGUCACAACAGGAGCAAGGAAGUCUUGUAAUGGAGCUUAAAUAUGGGCUUCAGUUGUUGAAGGAUUUGGAGCUUCCGAAACAGGGUGUUUUUAAGGAAGAAAUGCAAGAGAAUGUGGAAGAAAACAGGACCCUGAAUGAAAUUACUUUCUCUUCCACUAGGUCACUGUUAAGAAGACAGCAAACGGAAAUCUCUAAAUUAAAGGAGAUCAAAGAGAAACUGGAACGGGAGUUUGUUGUAAACUCUGAAGAAAGCAAUGCCCUCCAGCAGGAAGCUCAUCAAAUAAAGAAUGAUAUCCAGCACUUGAAUAAUAGAUAUCACGCUAUGCUGGGACAACUACAGACUUUAGGCUUGGAUCCUAAAUGUUUUGCAGCAUCUGUGAAAGAUUUGCAAAAUGAGAACUCAAAUCUAAAGGAGGUCUGCAAGAUGGAACGUAAUGCGAAAGAAGCUCUUCGUGAAAAGUCAAAGGACAUGGAUGAACUUUUGAUAGAGAAUGAAUUUAUGGAAUUUUCUCUCUCAAGAUUAAAUGAUGAAUUGGAUGGAUUAAGAGCAACAGUGAGGAAAUUUCAAGAGUCCUGCCAAGUUCUCCAGGAAGAAAAAUCUAUGGCCGUUGAUGAGAAAUCAGCUCUAUUUUCACAGUUACAAAUAGUCACUGAAAGUAUGCAGAAGCUAUUGGAGAAGAAUGCCUUGUUGGAGAAGUCCCUCUCUGAUUCGAAGAUUGAGCUGGAAGAUUUGAAGGCUAAAUCAACUGACUUGGAAGAAUUCUGCAAGUUGCUAAAUGAUGAGAAGUACAAUCUCCUAAGCGAAAGAAGCAUCCUGGUAUCUCAGUUGGAAAGUGUUGAGGCUAAACUAAGUAACCUGGAAAAGAUGUUUACAAAAUUAGAAGAAAAAUAUGCUGACUCGGAGAAGGACAAAGAAAGCACUGGCAACCAAGUAGAAGAGAUCCGUGCUUCAAUUUUGGUGCAAAAGCAAAAGCAUGCAAAUCAUAAACACUUGAGCGAAGUCCGACUGACAAAUUUGGAGAAUCUUUUCCAUGCACUACAGGAAGAACUGCGGUUGGGGAAGAUUGAAUUUGAAAAAGAAGUUGACAAAGCUGUAAAUGCUCAGAUGGAGAUGUUCAUUUUGCAAAGUUGUAUAGAAGAUCUGGAGCAGAAGAACUUGGCUUUGUUAACUGAAUGUGAAAAGCAUGUUGAGGCAUCAAAAUUUUCUUACAAAGUUAUUUCUGAGUUGGAGACUGAAAACUUUAUGCAACUGAUGGAAGAAGAGUUUUUGUUACAUGAAAUUAGAAAGCUUAAAAUGGCUAUUCAUCAAGUGUGUGGGGCUCUUCAGAUUGAUCCAUAUGGUGUGCACGACAAAGGAAUCAAGCAAGAGGAAAUGCCUAUAUUGCAUAUUUUGGACAACAUUGAGGACUUGAAAAGUUCUUAUGUGAAAAGCCAAGAAGAGAAGCAGCAGCUCCUUGUAGAGAAUUCUGUCCUCCUAACUUCACUUGAGCAAAAUCGAUCUGAGAGAGAAAAAAUGGAGUCAGAGAAAAAGAUCAUGGAGCAAGACUUCGAGAAAACGAGACAGAAGAAUUCAAUGUUGCAGAAAGCGAAGGUUGAUCUUCUAGAGAAGAACAGGCAACUGAGGACUGAAGUGGCCAAAGGAGAAGAAAGAGACAAUGCAUCAAAGUCCAAAUUGGCAGCCCUGCAUGCAGAGUUGAUAGAUUUGCAGACAAAAAAUCAAGUGUUUCAGGAAGAAAAUAAUAUGAUGCUUGAGGAGAAAAAUUCACUGCUUAGGAGUGUUUUGGACCUCAAAGAUGCAAUGUCCGUGGCUGAAGAUGAAAACAGUGUAAUACUUCAUAAGGUACUAGCUCUAAGCAACCUCAACUUGGUUUAUGAGAGCUUUCUCACCCAGAAAGUCAUCGAACAAGAAGCACUUUCUGAACAUCUCAGCAGCAAUCUUAGCCGUUUAAACGGUGACCUCAAUCAGGAACUUGGUGUGUUAAGGAAGAAGUUUGAGGUGAAAGAAGAAGAGAAUGUUUAUCUGAAUGAGGCUACUAAGAGGAUGGAUAAAGAGCUGCAGGAAAUAAAAAAUGCAAAUUGCCGUUUAAGUCAUCAAGUUGAAAAUUCAGAGAAUCUUCUCAAGAAGAAAGAUAUAGAGCUUCUAGAAACGGAGACUAGGCUGAAGGCUGCAGAGAAAUUGAAUGGGGAGUUUUGUAGAUAUAUUGAGGAGAUGAAGAUGGAUAAAAAAGAAUCAAGAUUGACCAGAGAAAACCUAGACAGGCAGAUUCUUGAACUAUCAGAAAAUGGCAUGAAUCAGAAAAGAGAAAUUGAACACCUUAAUGAAGAAAAUAGAAGCUUUCAGUCCGUGAUGAGAUCAUUACUUCAUGAAGUUGAGCAACACAAGGCUAGAGAACAAGCACUGAAUACAGAGUUGCAGGACAAAACAAAUGAAUGCCAACAUUGUGAGGCUGAGGCAGCUUCGUUCUAUUUGGAGCUUCAGAUUUCAUCCAUUAGUGAAGAACUGCUGAAAGGCAAGGUCACUGAGCUUACUGGAGUUUGCAAGAGACUUGAUGAUGAAAGUGCAGGGAAAGGCUUGGUGAUUGAACAAAUGAUAGAAAGAAUCGGUUUACUGGAAAAGGAAAUUAGAGGACUGAAGGGGCAGCUAUCUGCAUACACUCCAACAAUUACUUCUUUGAAAGAGGAUUUUGCAUCUCUAGAGCACACUUACUUUCUUUUGACCAAUAAAACUUUUGCCGUAGGCAACAUAGAACAGAAGGAUGUAGUGACUGAGAUUUGUCUCCAAGAAGCAAAUAGCUAUCGAAGUUUAAAAGGAAAUGAAAGCACCUUAACACCAGAUGGGGUUACAGAUUUGCUGAGCAUGCAGACAAGGAUUAGAGCAGUUGAAAAGUUAAUGAUGGAAGAACUUGAAAGACAUGUGGAGGAGGAAAGUUUGACCACAAAUGUCAAAGCAGAAGCUGUUACAGAAAUGACUGAGCAUUCAAAUUUGGAAGUUGGCACGUAUCCAGAAAUUGACGACAGAAAAGUGGUGAUGAAAAUUAAGAAAGACAACAGCAAACGUGGCAAUAAUGCAUGGAGAACAAAAUCUCAGAAAAGGUUGAUAAUGAUAGACAUUCCUCUUGAUGACUACAAGGAUGAUCCAGACUCCAACAAGUAUUGCAAGAGAGAUCACACUAGGUGCAAUGAUCAUAUGCUUGAGCUAUGUGAAACUGAUCAGCAUGAUGUUACAGAAGAAAGUAAACAUAAUUCUGUUUCAAUAGAGGAUGUAAUUACAUGCCAUGAGUCAGAAAGAUGUCAAAAUUACUCUUCAGAAUUGGAGACAGAGAAGGAAUUAGGGGUUGACAAGCUAGAGUUGUGGAAGACUCGAAAAGAGACGACAAGUGAAGAUAGCAAGAGGAAAAUUUUGGAGAGGCUUGCCUCCGAUUCUCAGAAGCUUGCCAUUCUUAAAAUGACACUACAAGACUUGAAGAAGAAACCAGAGACACAGAAGAAAAGCAGCAAGGUAAAUGAGAUUGAGUAUGAAACAGUGAAAAGGCAUAUAGAAGAUGUUGAGGAAGCUGUCAUGCAACAAAUAGGCAUAUAUGAUCAACUGGCAAAGGAUAUUGAAGAGUGCACAUCCUCAUCUUCAGACACAAACACAAUGCAGAUGGAAAAGCAAGGAGGACACGGGCAAAGAAAAAAGCUAACAGAACAGGCUCGAAGAGGUUCUGAACAGAUAGGAAGGUUGCAGUUUGAGGUGCAGAACAUCCAGUAUAUUCUGCUCAAAUUGGCUGAUGUGAAGAACAACAAAUGCAAAAACAAAAACACUAGACCAACAGGUGUGUUGCUGAAGGACUUUAUUCGCAUUGGAAGGAAAAAUAACAGAAGGCGCCGUAAGGGAUGUGCUUGUGGAUGUUCAAGGCCUUCAACUAAUGAGGACUAAGUCAGACACAGCAUAAAGCAUGGUCUAGUCAUCUUCUUUGGGCGGCCUGAAUAGUCAACGAUGGCAGACUGCAGCCUGCCUUCCUUUCUUUCUGGCAACUAUGGAGAAAGCGUUGAUUUGGGUGAAAUAUGUCUUGGACUCCUUCAGGUUCAGACCUGGAUGAUCUCAUGGUGUGGAGCAGUGAUGAAAAGGGGGCCAGUUAUUGUUCUUGGGAUCCUUACAGCAGCAAAGAUCCAUCCAGAAUGUAGCAAGCAAGUUUCUAUGGUGCAGAGCAAUAUGCCUCAAGGAACAGAUCCGCGGAAGGCUGCUUUCACUGAGUUGCCAAACUUGGAGAAUGGAGAGGCUUGAAGCUCUUGUUGAUGUCUUCAAUGUUGGGUCUCAGAGAGGAGGGAAUUCUCGGCAAGUAUGGUCAUCUUCUGAUCCUCACCUUUCAUUUCCUUAAUUUGUUUUACCACUCAGAUGUCAUUUUAUCAUAUCAUGUUUAAUUUGGAAUGAAUAUUUAGAUAAUGCCAAAGAUUUUUCAGGAAAAUUUGUUUAUGGUUACCCGGCAAGGUCAUCUUCAUUCCUCUUGUGUAUAAGGAGCGUUUUUCGAGAAGGAAAUGUCAAUUUUAGCUUUGAAAGGGGCAGUCAAGAUUAAGAUUAAUUUGAUAUAUAAAUUAUAUUAUGAGUAGAAAUUUACACACCCAAACUUCAGUAUCUCAACUGAACAAAUAAAAACUUCAAUACCACAACCACUUCAGCAAUGGAACCUCAAGUAGCAAAUGCAUCACUCAAUUAUCAAUUAAAAAUAAAUAAAAAUCCAAUCUUGGGUGAUACGAAAUGAUUAUCAAUUAUCAAUUUGAAAAUUAAAUAUCCACUGGAAGCACGGCAAGAGGAAAAUGGAAGCAUGCGUCGUUUGGGUGGCUUGGCAGGGUAUGGGUGAGUGAGAAAAGCCGCGCCGUCGCGGCACGGCAAUAGCAGGUAUAGUUCUGGUUACGAACACCGUCAUCGUUGGACAAGCAAAAGAGAAGUGCGAGGAAGGGAAGAGGAAGAAAGUCGCACAGUGCUCCUGGUCCUGGAUGCUACAAUGAAGAUUCUCGACGACGGCGGCGGCGGCGGCGCAUAGACCCAGCAUCUCCCGGAUGCCAAGUCAUCAUCGACGGCGUUGUUGCUGCCGCAAAUCUCUGGAUGUAGCUUCGUGGCGUUGACACGGUCAAGGUUGAAGGUGGAGCGGAAGAUAAAAUCGUAGAAAUUAGAUUUUUUUUUCUUAGGGUAAAAUAGACUUUUAACAUAUUAAAAAAUAGGAAAACUAAUGAUUUACCAGUGGACCACGUAUCUGAGAGUCCAGCUUAGAAUUUGCCUGUAAAAACUGAAGUUACAAAUUUAGCCUUUCUUAAAAUUUCA